AUGCUUUGGUUGGUUGUCAUCAUACCUUGGUUGAAUUGGAGGAUGAGGAAGUACUUGUUGGGUUGGGUGCACCCACCCGGUGUCAUUCCAAGAAAUGCCUUUUUGGUACUUGGUGGGUGGUGCAGUGUGCUGUUGGAACGGUGGACCAAAAUACUUGGUGGGGUGGGUGAAUGCAAGUCGAUAGGGUUUGGCCAUAGGUCGAGCCGAACGAGCCUCGGUAAAGGGGAGGGACGAAUCAAAGCGACAAGGGCUGAAUCUCAGUGGAUCGUGGCAGCAAGGCCACUCUGCCACUUACAAUACCCCGUCGCGUAUUUAAGUCGUCUGCAAAGGAUUCUACUCGCCGUCCAAUGGAAAUUGCACUUCAAGGCGUCCCGCAAGGCUGAUCCGCCUCACGAGGGUCACCCACGACACGUGCCUCUGGGGGGCCGAGGCCCCCUACUACUGGUCGGCAAGCGAACGACGGGCGCACAUGUCGCUUCUAGCCCAGAUUCUGACUUAGAGGCGUUCAGUCAUAAUCCAACGCACGGUAGCUUCGCGCCACUGGCUUUUCAACCAAGCGCAAUGAGCAAUUGUGCGAAUCAACGGUUCCUCUCGUACUAG